AUGGUGUAUAAUUGCAGUUUGAUGUCGGUCCCACUGUAUCUCUCAAAAAUAGCUCCACCACAGUACAGAGGAGCUUUUAAGUUUAACAAUGGCUUUCAGUUCAGUGUAGGCAUUGGACCCUUAUCAGCAAAUCUCAUAAACUUUAGUACCGAAAGGAUUAGAGGCGGUUGGGGUUGGCGUCUCUCUUUGGCCCUGGCUAAAGUCCCAGCUUCAAUCCUAAUCAAGCUGGUGACAUCUCUCAUGUCCGCUGUGAUGAAUGGAGUUGUGGGUACUGGUUCGACCUUCAUAUCCUUGUUGAUAGUGGAUAGAUUGGGCCAACGGGUGUUGUUUGCAAUAGGCGAAGUUUAAAUGUUUGUCUCACAGUUGGUCUGAGGAAUAAUAGCUGCCACACUCGUAGAUCAUGGUGGGUUGAGCAAGGAAGAGGCUUAUCUGGUAUUGAUUUUGAUUGGCAUAUACAUAGCUAGUUUUUGGGUGGUCAUGGAGUCCAUUGGGGUGAUUAGCAGGAUAGAGUAUCUUCUACAAAUGAACGGCCUCGACAGCCUUGGAAGCCUGGAGAACAAGCUGAAGCUUGAGGGAAGAGAAGCUCAUGGUCUUGGUGCUUCCGCUUUCAGCCCCGCCGCUCUGGAGAUUUGAGAGUUAUAGCAUUCUCCUGCACCAUUAAUGGGCGAGAGAGAAAGCGUACGGGAUAACGAAGAUGGAAGAACACAACUUGAAAGGCGACAUCUGA